UUCGGCAAAAUGGUGUCAAAAUUCUGCGUCCAACCAAACAUCUCCAUGCGCAGUGCAAGUGAUACUCACUCUCCGGUAGUCCGGUCUCCAUAGGUCACACAAGGCUUCUCCCCCUACCAUCCACCCGUUGCUCAGCAGCUCACCCUUUCUCUAUAUAGUAGGCGAGCGCGCGCGUCGCGAGUCACAGUGUCACACACCCACUCGCCACCAAACGCGCCGAGACAGAGCACACAGGAACAACCGGGAAGAAGCGCCUGUAAUUGGCGCGCGCGAUGGUGUUCGCGUCCAGCGCCGGUGCCGGCGCCGGCGGGGGGCCGGUGCUGACGGCGCGUUUCGCGCUGCAGGUGGUGCUGGGCCGCUGGUUCAUGGUGUUCGCGUGCCUGCUGAUCCUGUCGGCGUCGGGGGCGACCUACAUCUUCAGCAUCUACUCCAAGGUGCUCAAGUCGUCGCUGGGCUACGACCAGCGCACGCUCAACACGCUCUCCUUCUUCAAGGACCUGGGUGCCAACGUCGGCGUCAUCUCGGGGCUCAUCAACGAGGUCACGCCGCCGUGGGUGGUGCUCGCCAUGGGCGCCGUCAUGAACCUGGCGGGCUACCUCAUGAUCUACCUCGCCAUCGACGGCCGAACCGCGCGCCCGCCGGUCUGGCUCAUGUGCAUCUACAUCUGCGUGGGGGCAAACUCGCAGUCCUUCGCCAACACGGGCGCGCUCGUCACCUGCGUCAAGAACUUCCCGGAGAGCCGCGGCAUCGUGCUGGGCCUGCUCAAGGGGUUCGUCGGGCUCAGCGGCGCCAUCUUCACGCAGCUCUACCUCGCCAUCUACGGCGACGACGCCAAGUCGCUCGUGCUGCUCAUCGCGUGGCUCCCCGCCGCCAUCUCCAUCCUCUUCGUCCACACCGUCCGCAUCAUGCCGUACCCGCGCCCCAGCCGACGCGGCUCCGCCUCGUCAGCGGCGACCAGCAACGACGCCUUCUUCUGCUUCCUCUACAUCUCCAUCGCGCUCGCGAUGUACCUCCUCGUCAUGAUCGUCGUGCAGAAGCAGGUCAACUUCUCGCACGCGGCCUACGCCGUGUCGGCGGCCGCGCUCCUCCUCGUCCUCUUCCUGCCGCUCGCCGUCGUCGUCAAGCAGGAGUACAAGAUCCAGAAGGAGCUCGAGGAGUCUCUCCGCGAGCCCCCCAUGGUGACCGUCGAGAAACCAGUUGCCGCCAUGCAGAUGGCGGCAGCUGAGCCGAGCCAGAGCACCACUUCGGAAACAGAGGCCGAGGUUUCAAAGCAUCAGCAGCCGCGGAAGUCUUCUUGCCUCGGGUCGUGCUUGAAGCACAUGUUCAACCCGCCGGCGCAGGGGGAGGACUACACCAUCCUGCAGGCGCUGGUAAGCGUAGACAUGCUGGUGCUGUUCCUGGCGACCAUCUGCGGUGUCGGCGGCACGCUGACGGCUAUCGACAACAUGGGGCAGAUCGGGCAGUCGCUGGGCUACCCGGCCAAGAGCAUCAACACCUUCGUCUCCCUCAUCAGCAUCUGGAACUACGCCGGCCGCGUCACCGCCGGCUUCGCCUCCGAGAUCUUCCUGUCGCGGUACAAGUUCCCGCGGCCGCUGAUGCUGACGCUGGUGCACCUCCUCUCGUGCGUCGGCCACCUCCUCAUCGCCUUCGGCGUGCCGCAGUCGCUCUACGCCGCCUCCGUCGUCAUCGGCUUCUGCUUCGGCGCGCAGUGGCCACUGCUCUUCGCCAUCAUCUCCGAGGUGUUCGGGCUCAAGUACUACUCCACGCUCUACAACUUCGGCUCCGUGGCCAGCCCCAUCGGCGCCUACGUGCUCAACGUCCGCGUCGCGGGUUACCUCUACGACGUGGAGGCCGCAAAGCAGCACGGCGGCUCCCUGGCCGGCGGGGACAAGACCUGCAUUGGCGUGCAGUGCUUCCGGAAGUCGUUCCUGAUCAUCACGGCCGCCACGGUGGCCGGCGCGCUCGUGUCGCUGGUGCUCGUGUGGAGGACCAGGAACUUCUACAAGGGCGACAUCUACGCCAAGUUCAGGGACAACACCGCCGCCGAGGAGGAGCUUCCGGCCGCCGAUUCCAGCUCCGCAGAGAGGCAGAAGCUGAAGGGGGGCGAUGAAACGGAGUCCACGGCGGUCAAUGGGAGGAAGGGCUAGUGUACUAGUGUCCAUGGCGGCCGGGCGCUUGCGCUGACUUGGUCGAAGCUGCCAUACACAGUGAGCUAACGCUCGGUUUUGACUUGGUUUAUACGUGUCAUCUUCCACUUCCAGUGAUCCAGUCCAUGCUUUUCACAAGCUCAAAGAGAGCUGAAGGAAGGAAGCAGCAGACAGUGGAAUGGUAAUGGAAGGUUAAUCUGAUGUGCAGCUAGAACUGGCUACAGCAGCCUGCAGGUGAUUAGGAGCAAGAUCAGAGUGUACUAAUUGUUAGCAUAAGAGUAGUGGCACUGGUAUAGAAGAAGCGCUUCUUUCUGCUGUUCUAUGGAUACUGCUUGUUACUCUACACAUGCACUCCUAUAGUCCUAUGUACUAUUUGGAGAGGAAAGGUACAAAAUCCUUGUUAAAUUUCAGAACUAUUUCACCUAUUCAGGCACAUUUUGAACACGGAAUCUCUAGAGGAUCGAGCUUUUUCAUGUAAAAUUGUUGCAAGAUUUUUGCUCUGUUUUACCACUAGCAACAUUACACGCGGUAGUUAUAUAGGUACGGCGACAACGCAAGAAUUUUCGCGUUGGGACCAUUGAGACGACUGCUUUG